AUGACCGCCACGGCCACCUCCGGCAGCACCCACAAGCUGGCCAGCACCAAGGAGGAAAGGAAGUUAAGGAAACCCCUCAUUGAGCGGAAGCGAAGGGAAAGGAUUAAUAACUGCUUGGACCAACUAAAAGAGACAGUUGUGGGCGCAUUUCACCUGGAUUCUAAACUGGAAAAAGCAGACAUCCUCGAAAUGACGGUGAAGCACCUCCAGAAUAUCCAGAGCAGCAAGCUGAUGGCUGACUCCAAAGUGGGUCUGGAAGCCCAGCAGCGGUACAGCACCGGGUACAUCCAGUGCAUGCACGAGGUGCACAACCUCCUCCUCACCUGCGAGUGGAUGGACAAGACUCUCGGGGCACGCCUCUUGAACCACCUGCUCAAAUCUUUGCCCAGGUCGGGUGAAGAUGCCUGCAAAGCAGCACUGAGGUCUUCAAGCCCAUCUCAGCAGCCUCUCUUGACACCAAAAGGCCCCCUGAGCCCUAAGGGGAGCACUCGGGGCACAAACCCAUCGCAGGAGCGCUUCUAUGCUGCAGAGAACAAGCAGGCUUUGAAAAACUCCUUCCAGCUGCCACCGCUGUCUGUUUUCAGCCAGGCUGAUGCUGCACCUCCCAGACAGGUCCUGCAGCCCAAUUUUUCCCAUAACAACCCUAGAAUGGGGUCAUUAGAUAUGUGGAGACCAUGGUAA